UCCCAACUAACUUCUCGAAAUUUACUGGUUUCGAGAGCGAUAAUAUAAUCCAGUCUUAUAUAUGUAGUAUCUGUCAAUGUUACCUAGGCCUCCUGCUUCCGUAGGCUGGACACAGAUUACUUGAUCAACAAUUUCCUGCUUGAUACAGACACCUCCAGAACGACAAUAUGGGCCUGAGAGCUUUGGUGGUGGGAGGAACAAGUGGCAUUGGCUAUGGCAUGGCUUGUCGCCUCGCCGCUGACACCUUGUCGCCGUCAGUCAUCAUCAGCGGUCGCACCAAACCCACCACCAUGCCGCACAGCAACAUGGAAUUCCGACCCCUGGACGCUUCGUCCAUGCGCCAGAUCAAACAAUACACCGACACAUUCAAGUCGGCGGCGGAGCCGAAACUUGACUUUCUGGUCAUGACCCAAGGAAUCAUGACGACCGCAGGGAGGACAGAGACACCGGAUGGAAUCGAUCGCAAGAUGGCCCUGCACUACUAUGGGAAACAGCUGCUGAUACGCGAACUUCUGCCCGUCCUGAAAAACGAUGCCAAGGUCGUCAUCGUCUUAGACGGCAAGACAGGCGAUCCGAGCAAGUUGGAUUGGGAAGACCUGGAUCUCAAGAAACACUACUCUCUCGCCAAGGCGGCGAAUCAUUGCAUUGUAAUGAACGAUGUCAUGGUUCAGUAUCAUGCUGCACAGCAGCAGAAACUUCAUGGAAACGAUGCUGGGAGGCGGCACUUUGUGCACGCCUAUCCUGGUGGUGUUGAAACGGGCCUCUUCAGAGAACUCCCCUGGUAUCUGCAGCCCUUGAUGAAACUGGCUUUCAAAAUUGUUGCAGUGACCCCUGAUGUGUGUGCGGAAAGGUUGCUGAGUGGAGUGGCUCGAUGUGCGGCAGCCUCGGGAGAGAAUAAUGAAGGCAUAUUUUGGAGCAAUAUUGAUAAUAGGGGACGGUCAAUAGGAAACAAGACAAUCUUCAGCGAGGAACAAAUGACCAAGGUAGCCAAUCACACAUGGCACCUUGUCGAUGAAGCUAUUGGAAAGAGUCCGUAAAUCAGCCCAAAGGACAGGCAGCGGUCCUCGAGUCUAGGGGCUGUAGCAGAAGUUGUCGCUCCAACGAGAAUUUGAUGUGUUGGAUGGGAAAAGCUCAUAAGCAAGCAGCCAUAAACGG